GGGAUGAUGGGUGACAAUUCCACUGCUGGAUCAGUUACCCCUCUGCAGCCGUUCAAUGUUGCUGAUAUUCUUGUCAUUGUGGCUUAUUUUGCCUUGAACGUGGCUGUGGGAAUAUGGUCCUCAUGCAGGGUGAAUAGGAAUACUCUCAGUGGCUACUUCCUUGCUGGCAGGAGCAUGGCGUGGUGGCCUAUUGGAGCCUCCCUCUUUGCCAGCAGUGAAGGAUCAGGGCUCUUUAUUGGACUGGCUGGGACUGGAGCUGCUGGGGGAAUUGCCGUCGCUGGCUUUGAAUGGAAUGCUACCUAUGUCCUGCUGGCGUUGGCCUGGGUAUUUGUACCAGUCUACAUCUCCUCGGGGAUCGUCACCAUGCCGGAGUAUCUCCAGAGACGGUUUGGAGGGGAGAGAAUCCGGAUGUACCUCUCCGCCCUGUCACUCCUGCUCUCCGUCUUCACCAAAAUAUCGACAGAUCUGUACUCGGGGGCCCUGUUUGUACAAGUUUGCCUAGGCUGGAACCUCUACCUCUCCACCGUCCUGAUGCUGGUGGUCACAGCUCUCUACACCAUCGCUGGUGGGCUGGCAGCUGUGAUCUAUACUGACGCGCUGCAGACGCUCAUCAUGAUCAUCGGAGCCGUCAUCUUAGCGGUAACAGCGUUUAGCAAGAUCGGAGGAUACCAGAACUUGGCAGAGGCUUAUUUAAAGGCUGUUCCGGCCAAGAUUAUCCCCAACACGACAUGCCACCUGCCCAGAGCGGACGCCAUGCACCUCUUCCGAGAUCCCGUCUCCGGAGACCUCCCCUGGACUGGCAUGACUUUCGGGCUAUCUGUCUUGGCCACUUGGUACUGGUGCACCGACCAGGUCAUUGUGCAGAGGUCUCUCUCGGCUAAGAACCUGAGUCACGCCAAGGCCGGCUCCAUCCUGGCGAGCUAUUUGAAAAUGCUGCCGCUGGGGGUUAUCAUCAUGCCGGGGAUGAUCAGCCGGGUUCUCUAUCCAGAUGCCGUCAGCUGCGUCGAUCCCGACGAGUGCGUCCGAGUGUGCGGGUCUGAGGUGGGCUGCUCCAACAUCGCUUACCCCAAGCUGGUGGUCGAGUUGAUGCCCAGUGGGCUGCGAGGGUUAAUGAUUGCAGUGAUGAUGGCUGCCCUGAUGUCCUCCCUGACCUCCGUAUUCAACAGCAGCAGCACCCUCUUCACCCUGGACAUCUGGAAGAAGAUCCGGCGGAAUGCCAAGGAGCGGGAGCUGCUGCUGGUGGGAAGCUGGCGGAACGUCUGUUUCUUCACACGUGGUGUUGCUGCCUUUUGCAGGACAGUCACGGUGGUUCUGGUCGCCAUCAGCGUGGUCUGGAUCCCCAUCCUGCAGAGCUCCAACAGCGGCCAGCUGUACAUCUACAUCCAGUCGGUGACCAGCUGCCUCGCCCCGCCCAUCACGGCUGUGUUCGCCCUGGCAGUUUUCUGGAGACGAGCCAACGAGCAGGGAGCUUUCUGGGGCCUGAUGCUGGGGCUGGCGCUAGGCCUGGCCAGGAUGGGGCUGGAGUUUGCGUACCCUUCGCCCCGCUGUGGCGUCCUGGACGAGCGCCCCUCCCUCGUGAAGGACGUUCACUACCUCCACUUCGCCAUCCUCCUCUGCGCUCUGACGGCCGGCGCCGUGGUGGGGGUCAGCUUGUUGAGCGGGCCCCCGGCCGAGUCGCAGAUAAAGAACCUCACCUGGUGGACCAUUUCCCGGGGGCGCCUGCCUCCCGAGAUCUCCAUGGCCAGCGCAUCAGCAGGGACCCACUCACCCAGGAGAGGAAAGGAGGAUUCCCAGGAGGGGGCGCCAGGGACCUGCCCUGGCAUGGAUUUCUUCUGCAGUCCCCAGGGGGCGAAACCUGAGGGACCCCCAGCAAAGGCCCUGAGGGACAUCACAGAGGCCCCCUUCUGGGCGAGGAUCUGCUGCAUCAAUGCUGUCAUCCUGAUGUGUGUCAAUGUCUUCUGCUAUGCCUAUUUCGCUUAACACUACUGCAGCCAGUGGUGUGGGGGAGAUGAUCGGGGGA